UUAAUUAACCGUCGAGCGGGCCAGAAGUCCGAGUUGCUCGGCUUAACGGAAGUGCUGAAACCGGGCGGCUAAUUGAGCACACCUCGCCUCCAGUUGACACCUGAGACACCAAAACGAAUCGAAACCGCUCCACAUAGCUCGACUCAUAACUUUCCUCGCUGGCCGGCUGCUAAUGUCUCAAUUUGUCGUGCGCGUUGGGCAAGUGCAGUUGCCAUUCGGCCGUGGAUGUAUCUGAAAGAUACGUUUCGGGGGAACUCGGUUCCUGAGUGAUUCGGAGCUUAUGCUAAUCAUCUGUGCUGCUCCGCGAGACGGAUCGUUUCGCCAUUGACCCACACCCGCAUAGCCAGUGAUCACAUAACGAAAUAACGAAACCAAUCAGCAGACGAUCUUAUCAGCGCCCAAAGAGGAGGAACACAAUGUUGUUUUGGAAGAGGCGUCUUCGGCGAUCGAGCAGCUCUUCGAGUGCGAUUCAGGAGCGUCGUUUUUUUGGUAUCCUCCGUGCGGCGAAAAGGAAGGACGCUGCCACAUCGUUACCCACCUAUCGUCAAAAUAGCGACAACGUGUCUAUCACCACUGCCCCACCUGCGGAUAGACUGCCUCUGGGCUAUGAGGGAGCUGGAACUAUAGAGCUGCAGGCCCAGGAGAACGACUACGUGCUUGAGGAGUCCGCCCUGCGAGUGCCACUCUCCCCGCCGCCGAACUACUCUCCGCAUCCUUUGACCCCACCGCCCAGUUACACGGAGAGACCAAGAUCAGUCCAGGAACACAGAUCGCACUUGGCCGAGGCAGUGCAACCAGCUGCCCCCGCACGUGUUGUGAUAGUUCCGCCAAUAAGCGCAAGUACAGCAGCUAGCGAACAGGCAGCACGUCAACAAGCCAGAAGGAGACGGCGACUCCGGGAGCUUCAGCAGCAGCAGCUGAGAUUCGCCUCCAGCACCGAUAGCUCCAGUAGCUCCGGAUCCAGUUGCUCCGAAUUAGGGAGCGCCUGUGCCACCAGAAGGCAGCGGCGACGCAGGCGGGGAUUAAGGGAUGCCUAUUGUCCAGAUCUUCUGAACGCGUGCUCCCUGAUCCUCCAGAAUCCCGGCAGCAGCGAUAGUUCCGUGGGUGACUUCACGGCCACGCCCCCGCCUCCGGUGCGAGCACCUGGUCACCGGGAUCAGGAGGAGAGCUUCGAUUACAGCUCCGACUAUGUGGAGAUCGACGAGCUGCUGCCACUAGUCGCCGGCGGGAGAGCAAAGAGCACUCCGCAGCUGGCGAUGGGUCAGAACCUGAGCCUGCGACGGCCGCGCAUCUCAUUGACCUGGGUGCUGCGAGAGCAGCAGCAGACGCAGCAGGCUCCACCGUCGCAAACACCCCCAUCCCCGCAGAAGGAGGCAGCGAAGGAGCUGGAUAGCCAGGUGCUGGAUCGCAAGGAGAACGAAGUCUUCCCGCCCAGAACAGAACCCUUGCCCACCCAGUUGGAUGUCACCAAGAAGCGAUACCGGGUUAAGCAGCUAACAAGUGGUGGAGAACCGCUCAAUGGAUAUGCCACCACGCCCACCGCCCACCAGGCUCCGCCCAACGGUCACCUGGCCAAUCAGAAGUUCUUCAGCAACCAAAACCUAAUGGACGUGUCACGGAGCGGUCCCAGCAGUGCUCCAGUGGCCGCCGCCUCCACCAAAGAGCUGCUCUUCGUGUGCACACCCCAGCGGGCGCCCAGGAGCGAUGGUCACAGCGAAGCCCUGCUGCUGGCCAGAAAACGGAACGAGAUCCGCAAGAAGCUGGCCUCCCGCCUGCAGCAGGCGAGAUCCAGUGCCUCGCAGGCGGGAGAGGCCAGGGGAUCGGUCACGGGAGCGGAGUCCGUGAAGUGCACCUCCUACUCGGAGCCCAGUUUGGUGGCUGCCUCGGAGGGCGGCGGAGUGGGGGGCUCGGGCGGAGGAACAGCUGCCCCCCAGCAGCAGCGGAGACAUAGGCAUCGCAAGCGUCGGGAUCGCAAUCGUGUGCAGAGAUUUGGCUAUGAGAUCCACAACGUGGACGAGUUUCUCUCCCGCUGCUCGUUGGCCACUCCCGGUAAUAUUCCCGUGGUUCUUUCCACGGCCAGCACCCUAUACCAAACGAGACCAGGUGGCUACCAACUGGAGAUCCCUCUGCCCCUGGGCAUGGUGGUGAAUGCGGUGUUCAAGAACCAGAACUGGCUGUAUGUGCAAACGCCCCACGCGGAGGAGGGCUAUGUGGGCUAUGCCUGCUGCCUGCCCCUGGGGAUUCUGCCCCAGCAGGCGAGAGCGGGCUCCAGGAACACCCCCUGCUGGGAGUCCAAUGCGGAUGUCUUCCCCCGCCCAUGUGGCAACAUGACGGACUCGGAGAAGGAGAUCCGCCUGCGAGGUGGCACCCGAUCCGAUGGCGCCCGCACUCCACGCAGCUCAAAGCCCACUGAAGAUGUCCUCAAGAUAAGCUCCACCACCAUCAACAACAACAAUAACCAUAGCAACAAUAAUAACCAAACGAAAUGUGGGAGCACAACCAGCUCCUUGUACGGAGAACAGCAGGUGGACAAGCUGUAUCUAAGGGCUGCAUCCAAGCCGCGCCUGGUGGAGAAGGCCUACGCCCAGUUGCGCUCCACUCGCCAGGUGGCUGCGUCUGGUUCAGCUUCGGCCAAGAGUGGCGCUUCUCAGGAUGAGUAUGUGACCCUGCAGCCGAAGCCCGCCAAGAAGCAGGCGAGUGCCCAAGCCCAUUUGCACCAGUCGCAGCCAGCGGCGAGGCGCCUCUCCAACGUGUCCUACAUCACCAACGGCCACAAUGGCCAGCAUCUGCAUCCGAAGCUGGUGCCCCUGCCACCCUAUGAGCACAAGCCGGCCAAGAACCAGGCGGAGGCAGACGCCACCCUGAAGGCGCUGCGGCGCCAGCAGGAGGUGGGCCAGCGGCAAACUCUAGUCGCCAUCAACACGGACUACAUCACGGAGAGCAUCGCGGUGCACAAGGGCGAGAUCGUGACGCUGUGCGAGUGCCGCGAGUCCAAGGAUCAGCGACAGUGGUUCUAUGUACGGACGCGGGACGGACGCGAGGGCUUCAUUCCGGCCGAGGUGGCCGGCCAUGGCUACCUAUAGACCUCCACCGCCUGGUAUUGGUAUGGGUCUCUUAGGGUCAUAUGAAAGGGAUUAGGAAGCUUAAUGUUAACUAUGGACAUCCUUUGUCAUGUUACCCAUCCAUCAUAUAAUUGCUAUAUCUAGAAUAUCUUAAUCUUUAAGAUUUUCUCAUGAUUAUGUGUUAAAUCCCUUAGCUUUAUAUUUCGACUCUUUCCAUUACUGAGUAAAGUAUCAUUCAUGAAAAAGGGAGUCCAACCACCAUAAGUUGUCCAAAGAGCACCUUCUUCCUUUUAAGAUUUCCAAAAGGACCCGCCUACCCACUUGCCCACCCCCAAAAUAAGUCAAGUUCUACAUUUAAAUGAAUUAACUUAAUACCCAUCUUAAGCACUCAUAGGCCACUCAUUCCAUUCGCGAUCCUUAGUACGCUUCUAGUUGUAAACUGUAUCGGUGUCCGUAAUUGAAUACUUGUAACUGUAUCUGUGUAUGUGUAUGUGCGUGAGUGGCGGUCCUUCGCAGGAUCUUGUAUUUAUCUAGCCUAGCAUUACGAGUAGUCUAUGUAAUAGAAAACUUGCUUAAAGGAAAUCAAAGAAGAAAGCGCAGACGGAAACUAUUUAUAUAAUAACUGUACUUGAUGCUUCUACUAAAUAACAUAAACAGACAUUUAAAUAAAUAUAUAAAACCAA